AUGAUUGUGUUGCUUGAUGAGUUGGUUAGAUUGUUUACUAGUGUUGAAGGAUCUGGGAAUGUUACCACUGGUGUUAGAAAUGGUGGGCUGGAGUUGGUUUGUUCUAUUUGUUCUUACAUUCUUAUUGUGUCUGAGAAAGUUCUUGUUUCGGCUUUGAAAACAUUGGCAUUGUUAAUUCAUGAUGUUCAAAAUACUGAAAUGUUUCGAUCCAGUGAUGGACCAAAGAUGGUGGUUGGCAUUUUAAUGGAUGGAAGUGAAAGUUUAGAAGUAUUGAAUAUUGGGUUUGCUAUUGUUGCUGCAACAACAACCGGACAUCCGUUUCUCUCAGCAUGCGAGCUGGCCUGUGUUCUUGGGAAAGUUGGUUUUAUUCGAGGAAAUGCAGGCAAUGCCACCCUGGAGGCCUCAUUGCUUAGGACAAAAUCCAUGACUGCUGGUGAUAGUGAGAUGGUACAAGGCUCUAUUUCUUCUGUUCUUGUUGAUUCGUUGGAGUCUAAUGAGAACGGAGAUGCGCUUUCACCUGAAGAUGUAGCUUGGGUUGAUUCUUGCCUUGUUAAAGAUCCUGAAAUUUCAGAUGGUGACUGGAGUUCUCUGAAAGAUGUUUUGCUAGAAUUUCUCAGUCUGCAGCCAGAGUCACAUGACUCUUCUGAACCUGGAAAUGAUGACUUGCCAAGAGGAACAGACAUUCUGAUGCAUCCUCCCAAUGAAGCAGAAAAUUUACAGUCACGUGUAGUAACUGAUGAUGAGGUCUCUACAAUUGAUAAAGAAAUACAAACAAGAAGCAACGGUUUUCCAAUCAACGAGGAGAUUGAUGUUUCAUCAUCACAACUCUUUCAGGGAGAUCUCUCAGAAACUUCUCUCGAACAUGCCUUCUCGCCUAAUUACAAGGAAGAUGAUGACCCAAAGAUGUGUCUACCAGUAGAUGAGGAAGAUGAGCUUAUCAAACAGUUGAACAAGGCGCUUGCUGAAAAUCCUGUUCAAUCCACUCCAUCAUCAUCUGAUGAUUCCGGAGCACGGAAAGAUUUGAAAGAGGAGUCCCUUGAUACUUUGAUUCAUGGCAUUGCUGACCUGUCUUUGGAUCAACAUUCUUGA